AUCAUGGAAAGAAUUUAUCAUUGUCAUUUUUGGUUUUUUCAAUGAGUAUCCAGAAAUCUUCAUUCCUUUCUUUUGAGAGAAUUGACUAUAUUUAUUGUCAUAACCUGACUUUUAAAUUCAGCACUAAAAAGUUUUCUUUGAACUAUACUUAGAGAUGAAUCACAUUUUGACCAGAUCCAUUACUUCCUCGGUUUGGUUGCUGAGAAAACUAAGGAAAAUUACUCUGGAUACCCUGGAAAUGAUUAGAUCGUUUUCAACCAGGUCAUGUGGCUGUUCUAAGCCUGUGGUCCCAGCUAGACAAUAUUUUUUUUCUUAAAUAAGCAUGUGAUGUGUUGGUUUUCUUACUCUGAAUGUUUUCCGGCAUUGUUUAUGGAAAACAAUAGAAAAUUAGAGUAUUUUAUCCCUGAUCUAAAAUAUGUUCACCCCUAGGUAGUGCUUGAACUAUAAGUUUACUGAUAUAAAAGGAAAAGGUUGAAUUUGAAAUGUUAGAAUUCAUUUCUUACGGUAUCAAUCAUGAAUUUUUAGUUGGUAGUGUCUUUUUCCCUCUUGUAGAAAGAUUUUUGAGCUGCGAAAAUCGGAGCUGUUGAGCCAAGUUGGGAGAUGAUUGGAAUGGAAUUUGGGUGGCAUAGUUAGGCUUAGUGAAACUCCUCUACCUCAUAAAAUGUGAUAAAAGUCCAUUAGAGAGGUGGAGGGAAAGGGUGGUUUAAUUGUUUAUUUUUUUUUUUGUUUCUGUUGUUUAAACUGCAACUUGAUAGUUCACUUCCAAAUCAUCUCUACAUUUUUCAAUAAGGAAAGGUCAUACAUGCUUAAGUAGGCUUUGUUGGUAUUAGGUGCUAUAAUAUUUGCAAAAUUCAUUGUGGUGUUGGAUGGUUCUGAAUUUUCUUCCAUGCUUCUUAUUAAUUUAUGUUCUUGAGUAUCAGAGACAGCUUUCAAAGUGUCCAUGGACAUUAGAGACUGUGUUGGUAUGUCAUAAGUCUAGUUUAAAUGGCAGCCACAUGCUUGGCUUCACUGGUGGCCUGACUGUGAGGUUGGAGAAUAUGUAGAUGGUGUUUGGUAGACCUAUCAAACACAUUCUCAUAGGAUAAUGAGCUUUUCCUCUUUUCUUACUGAAGAGAUAGCUGCAAUGAUAGUUAUAACCAUUCUUGUCCCGAACUUCUAUAAUUUGUGAAUCAACUGGCCUAUGAAAUCAACCCGUUGAAUCUUGAACUGCUUAACAGAACCUUGCUUAUCUUUGAAGCCCGAUGUCAGUUUGUACUAAUUAUUAGCUGACCUCUUGGGUAUGGUUGAGCCACUUUUAUGUCUUCAAUAUUAAACUUAAGCACAUACCUGCAACCAAAAUAACUGAUGCAUUUGCAUGUUGACUAAGUAGUACGGUUCUGCUUUAAAUAUAAUGUUAGCUUGUGCCUAUACUUGCAAAAAAUGCUUGGUUUAUUGGAUGAUUAGAGUCUAUUCCCUUUACCAGCUGCUGUCAUAGUAAUAAUUUUUCUUGGAAAUAGUGGAUUAGUUUAAAUUUCGAUGGGAAAUUAUAACUGAUCAUGACUAGAUUUCUGUCUUCGUUUUGUGUUCUUGGUCUCAGUGGUUGAAAUUUGACCAUUUAUCUUUGCGAGUUUGUAAAAGGCAGCAGAUAAUCAAGCUCAGUCAUUAAUUCAAUCUAUAACUUUGCGAGUUAUUAGGUGGUGUUUUCAAGUAGUACAAUUGGCAUGAUCCUGCUGAUUGCCAAGAAUUCUUAUUAGUGACUGGUGCUAGUUGUCUUCAUGGGUUGCUACCAUUCAAAGAGAACUAAAAAGACACCGGGGCACGAGGAGCCAACAGUUCUUGCUGCUGAAACACCCUUUACUGUUAGCGAAGUUGAGGCCUUGUAUGAACUGUUUAAGAAACUAAGCAGUUCAGUCAUUGAUGAUGGGCUUAUUCACAAGGAAGAACUUCAGCUUGCACUGUUCAGGAACAAAAACAAGAGGAACCUUUUUGCAGACAGGAUUUUUGAUUUAUUUGAUGUCAAGCGCAAUGGAGUAAUUGAGUUCGGAGAAUUUGUUCGAUCUUUGGGUGUCUUUCAUCCAAAUGCACCAGUUGAAGACAAGAUCCAUUUUGCUUUCAGAUUAUAUGAUUUACGGCAUACUGGUUUCAUUGAACGAGAAGAGCUGAAGGAGAUGGUAAUGGCACUUCUGCAUGAAUCGGAUCUACUGCUGUCCGAUGACUUUGUUGAAACAAUUGUGGACAAGACGUUUCGUGAUGCAGAUUUGAAAGGUGAUGGAAAAAUCGAUCCUGACGAGUGGAAGGAAUUUGUGUCGAAGAACCCUUCUCUUAUAAAGAACAUGACUCUACCUCAUUUAAAGGAUAUAACUUUGGCGUUUCCCAGCUUCGUGUCAAAAACUGAAGUUGAAGAUUCAGAAAUAUAGCAGAAAGUUAUCAAUCAUGUCAUUUCUAGCAAUGGUGAUCCGUGCAUUUAAACCAGCUCUAUUUGGGAGAUGUUGAAAUUUGCAUGAGUGUCGAUGCAAGAGCUACACAGACUUCAGGUUAAUCACAACCUCCUCUGUGCAGCCAAGAUCUGGUCUACAGGGUGCAACUUAUUUGCCAUCAUAAACUUCGUUAAUACAGAGUUGGCACAGCUUAGUUCAGCUCACGUUUUGCAUAUGUAAAUCGCAUUACAGCAUCAGAAAUUUUGCAACGUGUUUAGAAAAUGUAUAUAGUUUCUGGGGUGGUACUUCGAAGAAGUCUGUUUUAACAUUUAUUUCUCUUUGAAGCAGCACUUGACCUGUUCUAUAUAUGCUAGUGAUAAAAAUUUCAAGCA